UCUUCUAUCUAGUAAUUAAAUCUAUAGUACCAUUACUAUUGGUAUUGAUUUGCCACCCUAUUAUUAUUAUUAAAAAAAAUAUAAAUUAUCAUCUUAUUCAAAUGGCUCCAACAAAAUUUGAAAAAAUUCAUACAAUUAAUGGUGAGGCAUCAAAUGAAGAACAAGACAACCUUAGUCAAGAAAUGAAGGAUUUGAUUUUUUCUCUUCCAAGAGAGAAAGGUUGGAGAACACCUUAUUUGUAUCUAUUCCAAGGAUUUUGGUGCCAACCAGCUGAAAUCCAAGCAAUAAGCACUUUUCAAAAUCACUUCCAAGCUAAAGAUAGUGAUGUUUUUGUUGCAACUGUGCCAAAAUCAGGUACAACUUGGCUAAAAGCACUUACCUUUGCAAUUGUUAAUCGCCAACACCAUUUCAUUUCAUCCAAAAACCAUCCUUUGCUUAGUUUCAAUCCUCAUGAUCUUGUUCCUUUCAUUGAGUACACUGUUUAUGGCAAUCAUGAAAAUCUUCCUAAUUUUUCAAAUUUUCAUGAGCCUAGACUUUUUGGUACACAUGUUCCUUUUGAUUCAUUGUCCAAUUCAAUCAAAGAUUCUUCCAAUUGCAAAAUUGUUUAUAUUUGUAGGAACCCUUUUGACACUUUUAUAUCUUCUUGGGUUUUUUGCAACAAAAUCAAGCAAGAUUCUUUGCCUACAUUGGGUUUAGAUGAAGCUUUUGAAAUGUUUUGUAAUGGAAAAAUUGGGUAUGGCCCAUUUUGGAAUCACAUGUUGGGUUAUUGGAAAGAGAGUCAAGAGAGACCAAAAAAGGUUCUUUUUUUGAAGUAUGAGGAUUUGAAAGAUGAUGUUAAUUUUGAAUUGAAAAAACUGGCUAAGUUCUUGAAUUGUCCUUUUACAUUGGAGGAAGAAAGUGAGGGUGUGAUUGAAAAUAUAAUAAAGUUGUGUAGCUUUGAGAAAAUGAAGGAGUUCGAGAUAAAUAAGAUUGGAAAAUUUGGAAGGAACUUUGAGAACAAGUACUUGUUUAGGAAAGGUGAAAUUGGUGAUUGGACUAAUUACCUUUCACCUUCAAUGGUUGAAAACUUAUCUAAAGUCAUCGAAGAAAAGUUAAGUGAGCCUGGUCUUAAAUUUAAAAUAAAAAAUUAAUUACU